CUCCGCACGUGCUGUUCUCAGGCACGAGACGCCGGUCAAAAUUACAGCUUCACGGACAGGUCGCGCCCGUCACUCGUCACUGUACUAAUUUCUUAACGGUAUGUCCGGAGCAAGUAAGAAGUCACCGACAGAGACACCGGAGAAAACGGAGGAAGUGUCAUCAGGCGAGGUUCCCGUGAAAACGCCAGACUCGUACAAGACACCCGAUGCAGUCGCAGGGAAGCCAACUAGCGCCACCAAGACGCCUGACAAACCAACCAUCAAAUCACCCAGCAAGACACAAGAGGAGCCGACCUUCAAGACACCCAUGAAGACACCCGAUAAAUCGUCUUACCACACCCCUGACGAACCGGCAAACAAGUCACCCAGCAAGGCACAAGAUGAGCCGACCUUCAAGACACCCAUGAAGACACCCGAUAAAUCGUCUUACCACACCCCUGACGAACCGGCAAACAAGUCACCCAGCAAGGCACAAGAUGAGCCGACCUUCAAGACACCCAUGAAGACACCUGAUAAAUCGUCUUACCGCACCCCUGACGAACCGGCAAACAAGUCUCCUUCACAAUCAACAAAAAAGUCUCCGGACAAAUCACCAAGGACUGCGACCGAUGUUACAGGGGGCGCAGAGGGAACACCUGGUCAAGCGGUAAAGGGCGACGCUUCUAAAUUGAGCAGCGCCGCAAGCAGUGAAGAAAAAGCAAUUGCGGAGGACCGCAGCGUGCACGAGUCAUCAAAAGAAUCUCUGGGCAGCAAACCCGGUGCCGUGCCUGAUAGUGGCACCCCGUCAAGGUCUCCGAAGCUUGCUGGGGCAGCAGAUGUGUCACAAGACGCCAGCAAGUCUGCCGUACAGACACCCCAAUCUCAAGCGCCGGGAAAAGCAGCCGCAAAUGAAACAUCGGAGCAAUUUCUUUCAGAAAAAUCUGUGUCGGACAACAUUGCAACUGAGAAACCGAAUGCCGAGAAGGCCGCGACGCAGGAUCAAGCAGCUGUACAGUCACCUGCUGGAAAACCUGAAUCACCUGCUGAACCGAUGUCGGAAAUACCCAAAGCCAGUCCAAAGGACAAAGCAACGACCGCAGAAAAACCCAAAUCCAAGUCUCCCUCAAAAGAACAGUCAGCGCGUGACGAAGUCAAAAUGGACAAAUCUGAUGUUUCUAAGGAAGGGUCGAAGAUCAGCGCUAAUGCCAAUGAAGAGGCUAAGACGCCAGCGGACUCCGUCGGAUCUGACGAAGAGGAUAUGCGCGGUCCAGUGAAAAGUCACUUGCUUGAUAGUCCUGCAAGAGAACAAGCAAGUCCAGGGAGCCGAAGCCCGCUUUUUCAAAAGCCUGAACCGGAAGUUAAGGUGGAAAAAGCAACGCCCGUGUUAGCGUCACCGAUAAGCCGAACAUAUCCAGCCAUGAGUGAGAGGGAAUUCAUCAACCGCAUAGGAGAAAAAACGCCGAGGCCCACUGAAGGUCUGGUUAUGAAAGACCCCAUUAGGGUAUUGGUAACGGCAGCGUCCACAGAACUUUCGUACCUUAUGCUGGCACCAAUAGCACGUGGAGACGUCUUCGGUCUCGAUCAGCCAUUGUUCCUUCACCUGUAUGACCAGAGUGAAAAUACCACGGAACUACAAGGUGUAGCGAUGGAGAUAGAAGAUUGCUCUUUCCCUCUGCUCAAGCAAGUAAUUGCAACAGGCGAAGAUGAAGUUGCUUUUCUCGAUAUCGACGUUGCUUUUCUUAACGAUACCGCUCAAGUUGAUGACCGUGUGGCCUUCGUUCGCUGCGUGGAGACUUACGCCGGCCACGGGCGAUCUCUCGCGGCUUAUGCCAGGAAAAACGUGAAGAUUUUGAUAUCGGGAGCACCCGCCGAGACGAACGCCUUCAUCGCUUUGAGAUACGCCAAGGGCAUCUCGUACGAAAACUUCAGCGCCCUCGCUCGUCUGAACUACAACAGGGCAGUGACACUCGUUUCUCAAGCACUCGGUGUCAUCCCGAACAAAAUUGUCAACAUGAUAGUCUGGGGCCACAAGCGACAGAUGCUUCUCGCGGACUAUAGCAAGAGUGUCGUUAUGAAAAAGUCCCGGAAGUACAGGGUCAGCGACCUUGUCAGCCAGGAGUACCUGCAAUUCGGACUUGGGCGGGACUUGCAGACGCGGGAAGAGGUCAUCGAGCGGCUCACCAAGCGUCCGGGAAUGAUUUCCAGAGUCAAAGCAGCAUGCGACCAGAUGCGGGAUUGGUGGAUCGGCCUGCCUAUUGGACAAUACGUGUCAAUGGGCGUACUCAGCGACGGUGUCUACGGUGCAGCUACGCAUGUGAUGUUUAGCUAUCCAGUCACUAUAGACAACAGAAAAAAUUGGAAGAUAGUGCAGAAUCUCGCCAUCGAUGAUCACAUACGAGACUGUAUAAGUGAUGCCUCCAAAGAUUUAGAGCGCGAGAGAGACGAGGCGUUGGAGAUAUGCGACGAGCUUGGGAUUUAGGGUGAUUAAAUUGUGCUUGGCUUGUCGUGGGGAAGCCUUUAGCAAGACAUAUGGCAGCCGCUAAAUAUAUA